UAAAAGAACCAGGGCAAUUGAAGAGAGUGAGAGUGAAGAGAUCGGGAAAGGCUGCCCGACAGCCCGGGUUGGCUCGACAACCGCAAAUCCUCUCACCGAUCACAGCCUCCGUCCUCGUCCUCGUCUUCAAUUUAUUUAUAAAAAGCCCCCGUCCGCCUCCUCCUCCUCCUCCUCCUCCUCUCUCUCAUCAACAUCCUCCUCUUCCCUCUCUCCAUCAUGUACACCAGAUCUGUGCUCCUCGCGGCCUCGGCCUCCCUCGCGGCCCUCGCUGCUGCUGACUCCUGCCUGCCCACCUCCGCCUUCUCCCUCACCACCUCCGAGGGCGGUCUCUCGCAGAUCUACGACGGCCAGGUCCGCACCGGCCUCUCCCUCGGCCAGAUCUACGACGGCCAGGUCAGAACCGGCAACGACACCUCCUGCCUCACCCUCGUCGCCUCCUCCAACGGCACCCUCUCCGACAUCACUGGCAGACCAUGCUACGUCACUCCCUACCACCAGUUCGAGUGCACUGCCGCUCUCCAGGACAACGCUACCCCCUACGGCUUCUGCGUCGAGAGCGGUCUCCUCACCUACGAGGGCAACUCCACCUUCUACGCCUGCGACACCGGUGUCGAUGACCAGGCUAACAUCUACGUCGAGGAGAUCUCCGCCCCGGCUUGCACUGCCAUCAACCUCAUUGUCGGUUCCGAGAACUGCGGAACCUGCACCGCCUCCACCGUCGUCUCUACCGUCGUCUCCACUGUCGCUGCUACCGUCACCGAGACCACUGCCGAGACCGUCACUGUCUCCGGUGCUGGUGAGACUGUUACCGUUACUGGUGCUGGCGAGACCGUCACUGUCGCCGAGACUGAGACUUCUGAGGUUACCGUCACUGCCGUUGGCUCGACCGUCGUCACUCCCUCGACUGUCUACGCUACCGUGACUGCCACUGCCACUGCUACCGUGACCAAGACCGAGUACGACACUGCCAUCACCACUGCGAUUGCUGCCACCACUGUCGUCGAGGAGUCGACUGUCGUUGCCCCUACUACUGUUGUUGAGGAGUCGACUGUUGUUGCCCCCACUACCGUCGUUGAGGAGUCGACUGUUGUUGCCCCUACUACUGUUGUUGAGGAGUCGACUGUUGUUGCCCCCACUACCCUCCGACCACCAUCGUCGAGGAGUCCACCGUCGUUGCCCCUACCACAAUCGUCGAGAAGUCGACUGUUGUUGCUCCUACCACUGCCACCGCGGUUGUGACCACCACCAGCACUCCUACCACCCUUUCGUCGUCGACCACUUCUGAGGUCUCGUCGAGCGCUUCGUCUGUUUGCACUCCUUCGACUUCGAUCUACC